CACACUACUACAACUAAAACCCAAUGUCAACCUCUGAAAUGGUUGCUUUCAUCCCAUUAAUGGUUGCUUUCAGCCUCUUUGUUUUGUGUUCUUCUGUCCACAAUCACUUAUCAUCCAAAUGGAAUAAUAAUUCCAACACCGCAAUAGCCAACAAAACUACACAACUAUCUCUUCCAAAGCUUCCAAUAAUAGGAAAUCUCCAUCAACUUGGCACCCUCACUCACCGCACUCUCCAAUCCUUAGCUCAAAACAAUGGCCCUUUGAUGUUACUUCACUUUGGAAAAGUGCCAGUUCUUGUUGUCUCAACUGCUGAGGCUGCUCGUGAAGUUAUGAAAACACAUGACCUGGUUUUCUCCAACAGACCACAUCGUAAGAUGUUUGAUAUCCUCUUGUAUGGUUCCCAAGAUGUGGUAUCUUCUUCAUAUGGCCAUUUUUGGAGGGAGAUAAGGAGUAUCUGUGUCUUUCAUCUUCUCAGUGCCAAAAAGGUUCAAUCCUUUGGUGCAGUGAGAGAAGAGGAAAUCUCCAUAAUGAUGGAGGAUAUUAGGCAGUGUUGUUCUUCCUUGAUGCCUGUGAAUUUAACUGAUUUAUUUUUUAAACUCACCAAUGAUAUAGUGUGUAGAGCUGCUCUUGGAAGGAGGUACAGUGGAGAAGGUGGGAGUAAGCUUCGUGAGCCAUUGAACGUGAUGGUGGAGCUAUUGGGAGUUUCAGUCAUAGGGGACUUUAUACCUUGGCUUGAACGGUUGGGAAGAGUUAAUGGGAUAUAUGGCAAAGCUGAGAGAGCGUUUAAACAGCUUGAUGAGUUUUUUGAUGAAGUUGUUGAUGAGCAUCUUAGUAAGAGAGACAACGAUGGUGUUAAUGAUGAAGGUCACAAUGAUUUUGUGGACAUUUUGUUGAGGAUCCAAAGGACAAACGCAGUAGGACUUCAGAAUGAUAGAACCAUCAUAAAGGCUUUGAUCCUGGAUAUGUUUGGUGCAGGUACUGAUACUACCGCCUCAAUCUUAGGGUGGAUGAUGACAGAACUCUUAAAGCACCCAAUUGUGAUGCAGAAGCUACAAGCUGAGGUAAGGAAUGUGGUUGGAGAUAGAACUCACAUAACUAAGGAUGAUCUGAGUAGCAUGCAUUACUUGAAGGCAGUGAUUAAAGAAACUUUCCGUUUACACCCACCACUUCCCUUAUUGAUUCCAAGGGAAUCCAUUCAAGAUACCAAAGUGAUGGGCUAUGACAUUGGAAUUGGCACACAAAUAAUUGUUAAUGCUUGGGCAAUUGCAAGAGAUCCUUCAUAUUGGGACCAACCUGAAGAGUUUCAGCCAGAAAGGUUCUUAAAUAGUUCAAUAGAUGUCAAAGGACAUGAUUUUCAACUGAUCCCAUUUGGAGCAGGAAGGAGGAGUUGCCCAGGAUUAAUGUUUUCCAUGGCUAUGAUUGAGCUGGUAAUAGCAAACCUUGUUCACCAAUUUAAUUGGGAAAUACCCAGUGGAGUGGUGGGGGAUCAGACAAUGGACAUGACUGAAACUAUUGGGCUUUCCGUUCAUAGAAAAUUCCCUCUUGUGGCAGUAGCAUCUAUCCCUACAUAUAUAUGAAGUGAAUAAUUAAUGAUAAAAUAAUAACUUGGAAGGAAAAUGAAAUAAGGGAUUAUAAUCUCAAUAAUGUAUUAUCGAAAUAUUUUAUGGCCAAUAGUUCUUUUAAUUAUAAUGAUAGUUGAAUAAAUGUAUUGAUUGGUCUCUUUAGUUGUGGCUAUUCAAUACUUUGCAGCUACCAUUCAAUUGUAUCUAUACAGUGUUUAAU